AUGAUCUGUGCGACGCGACCAUCCGAGGCGCCCAUCCCGGUCCAGGAUGGUAAGGAGCCCUGGCACAAGGCGGCACCGGUCGUGACCGACCUGAACAACAACGAGGUGCCGGAAGCUGGGCACUCGCCCGACGACCUCGGGCCGACGGCAAGCUCGCUCCGGUCGUUCUACGAUGGCCGCUGCGUGUUCGUGACGGGCGGGACGGGCUUCCUGGGCAAGGUGCUGAUCGAGAAGCUGUUGCGGGCGUGCGGCGGACUGCGCACCAUCUACAUCCUGUUGCGCCCGAAGCGCGGGCUGUCGAGCGAGCAGCGGUACCGGGAGUUCGUGCGGCACCCGGUGUUCGAUCGGCUGCGCGCCAAGAUGCCCCAGCUGCUCGGGAAGGUGGUGUGCGUCGGGGGCGACAUCUCGGUGCCGCAGCUCGGGCUGUCCGAGCGCGACCACCAGGCGCUGCUGGAGCAGGUGAGCGUCGUGUUCCACGUGGCCGCCACCGUCCGCUUCAACGAGGCCCUAGCCGAGGCGGCCACCCUCAACACCGUCGGCACCAAGCGCGUGCUGGAGCUGUGCGCGGCCAUGCGCCACCUGCAGAGUGUAGUCCACGUCUCGACCGCCUACAGUAACCCGUGCAGGAGCGAGGUCGACGAGGUGGUCUACCCGGCGCCGAUGGACCCGGACCAGUUCGUCCAGUGCGUCCAGAUGCUGCCGGGCGAGGUGUUGAACGCGAUCGCCGGCAAGCUGCAGGGUACCCACCCGAACACGUACACACUGACCAAGUCGAUCACGGAGCAGCUGGUGGCGGGCUACGCCGACCGUCUGCCCAUCUGCAUCGUGCGGCCCUCGAUCGUGACCGGGGCCGUCGCUGAACCGUACCCCGGCUGGAUCGACAACGUGUACGGCAUCACCGGCAUCAUGAUGGAGAUCGGACGGGGCACGAUCAGCAGCAUCAUGUGUGACGAGCGCUGCACCAUGGACGUCAUCCCGGUCGACAUCGUCUGCAACACGCUGAUCGCGGCGGCCUGGGAGACCUGCACCCAUCCGUCGGCACCGCUGCGCGUGUACAACUGUACGUCCGGCCAGAUCAACGGCAUCAAGUGGCACGAGUACGGGCGGCUCACGCAGCAGUCGGCCGUCCGCAACCCGACCAAGUACGUGAUGCUGUACCCGGGCUUCCGCUUCCGGACCAACCGGCUGGUGCACAAGCUGGUCGAACUGUUGCUGCACUUCCUGCCGGCCUACCUGUUCGACGUGGUGAUGCGGGCUCAGGGCACCCGGCCGAUCAUGGCCAAGAUCGCGCGCCGCUUCCAGCGGGCGGCCGACACUGGCGAGUACUUUGCGAUGCACGAGUGGACCUUCCGCAACGACAACCUGCGUCGGCUGGGUGCCCGGGUCGGCCAGGACGCGGACGGUGCCGAGUUCCGCACCGACGUCACCGGGCUCGACUGGGCGGCGUACAUCGACGCGUACAUGCUCGGCAUCCGCCGGUACGUGCUGAAGGACGAGCUCGACAGCUUGGGGCAGGCCCGUGCCAAGCUCCACCGGUUGCUGUGGGUCAAGCGCAUCCUACAGCUCGCGACCCUGCUGCUGGCGUACUACCUGCUCAGCUGGGUACUUUUUCGAUGGCAGCGCGUCUAG